AUGAGUGCUGGCAAGGAAUCACCUCCUUUGCGCCGUGGGGAUAGCGGGGAUCCUGACCCAAUUUCCGAGCGGUUGCCUUCAGUUACCAUGGACUCUCCUGGACCGGAUCUAGAAGGGAACAGCUCGCCUCGGAGGUCUCGCGCGGCGAUACUAUCAGACGAUGGAUCAAUGGCCUCCAAUCGAGCACAGCACCCCGCCAGUCUCUCCUAUACCAACAUGAGAGCUGGAUCUGGGGAGCUGCCGGAUGACUAUGCCAUGAGUGCCGUGAGCGAUCAAGCUGCUGAGUUUAUGCCCUCGGAUCAGCCUCAACCAGGCUCUCCACAACCACGAAAGGCCCCUCCGCGGCAUAGGUCUGGCACCUCGCGCAGUCGCCCUCUCAGCCGAGCAGCAGUGGACAACUGGACCGGAAAAGCAGUUGCUGGUGGCAGCGAGUCUCGGCUGCGGUAUUCUGUAAACUCAACGGAUGAUGCGAGGGCCGGCGAUACUGGGCCUUCCCGCUUGCAGCAACAACAGCAAUUUUUCCGCACGAGUCCAAUCUCGAAUGACGACCGGUUUUCCGCUGGCGCAAGCCGCCGACCUGAUGAAACUGGCCCGUCAUCGAGGGCAUCCGGCGAAACGACAGAGAAUUCAAGCUACGGCCAAAAGUCUGCAGGACGCCUGGACAACGAUCAGACGUCCACUGGAGGAUCUAAUGUGGUUGACGGAGAAGAGCAGCUGACCAAUAACAUCCGCUCAAUCUAUGCCGGUCUUCUCAUGGUGGAAGAGAAAUGCAUCGAAUACAUCAAAAUCCAGUCCCAAUCGAAGAAAGAAUUGUCCCCGCAGCAAUGGCAGAAGUUGAUCCUCGUACAUCGAUAUCUCCUGCAGGAGCACCAUGACUUUCUGCUGGCUACACAGAACCCCGUUGGGGAUCCUUUUUUAAAAGGUCUCGCUCAAAAGUACUCUAUGCCAGCUCGGUUAUGGCGCCAUGGGAUUCAAGCUUUGCUUGAGUUACUGCGUCGUCGACUUCCUAGCUCCUCGGAGUACAUGCUGACAUUCAUACAUCUUGCUUACUCUAUGAUGACUCUCCUCUUAGAGACUGCUCCUGCUUUUGAAGAAAGUUGGAUUGAGUGUCUUGGUGACAUCGCAAGGUACCGCAUGCUCGUUGAAGAAGCUGAUUUCCGUGAGCAGGAAGUCUGGGUUAGAAUUGCAAGAUAUUGGUACAAUGAAGCUGCGGAUAAGAACCCGGACGUUGGUAGAAUCCAGCAUCAUCUUGCGGUCCUAGGCCGUCCAGAUAUUGUGCAGCAGCUAUUCUACUACACCAAAUCCCUGGUAUGCAACCGCCCGUUCGAUGGAACCAGGGAAAGUAUAUUCCUCAUCUUUAAUCCAAGCCUGAAAGGCUCAAGAACUGCUCAUCAUCUUCCGGGGGUAAUAACAGCCUUUGUGGCUGCGCAUGGCUACCUUUUUACAGGAGAACUUUCAGGCCAAUUCACGAGCACUUGUGACGAAUUCCUUUCGUCCUUGUCACAGUAUGCGAAUCGAAUGGGUUCCGCAUUCAAGGUGCAUGGAGUCUACAUCGUUUCUUGCAACUUUGCUGCUGUUCUCGAAUAUGCAGCUCCCCGUGCGCUUCUUCCUGACGAGUUUCGCGGGAUCAGUACUCAAUCAAAGUCUGUGGAAGACAUUUAUCUAUGGUCUCACCGAUACUGGACCCCGGUCGGCGAUCUCAAAACCAUAGAGUCCGAUUUUCUUGCUUCCCGAGAUUCCAAAACUAUUUCGCCGCUCCUUUUUCAUGGCUCAUGCUUGGCGUUUCAGACAUUGUCCAUCAUGCUCGGCCAUAUCGGCAACAAAAACAUAUUUCCCUCGUUGCACAUAUCGCUCGCCUUUCUCUGGUGCUUAACACGAACUCCCAGCGGCAUGAAACAUGUUGAGGUUGUGGUGCCCUGGAAGCAGAUUGCCGGAUUUCUCAACACCCUGAUCCGCAACUUUACAGAUUUCGCCCUUGUUGAAGCACCGGGUUUUCCAAUUCAAAACGAAGACAAAUGGCUGCCAGAGGACUUUCUUAUCCGUGGCCAGGUUUGGAGUCAGGGGCUUUAUCCUGCAGGAUUCUUUAUCAAUGCGCCGAACGCAGACGAGGGUCGGAAUCUAGAACCGCCGUCCCGAGAUCUCUCGAGGAUGCACAGGUGCUUGUGGCAUGGAGUUAGACUUGCCAAGUUCAACCGCUGGAUGACAUAUGAUUCAGAGACCCAAAGAUUCUCGGCCACUGAAUUUGCUUCGAAGCUAAACGAGCUGGCGCAGCUACAUAGCCCGUUUUACGGCAAGGGGUUACAGCAAAGACCCAGCACUGAUGUGGAAAUGCAUACCAGCUGA